UUUUUUUCAUAGUAUUCGGUUCCUCCCUUUCUUUCUCUUCUUCUCCAACUAUUUAUUCCUUUCUUUCCUUUGCUUUUCGGUGAUUCUCAAUUAGAAACCCACCAAAAGUUUUCUCCUUUUCAUCUCAAUUGAUCCCUCUAUUUAUGUACUCCUCUUUCUUCUUUCAAUCUCAAAAAAGAUGAAGCCUUUCACUUCUGCACCGGGCUUUGUCCUGUCUGAUCCAAAGAAUAGGAUGUUCCUUUGGAGUUUCCUCAUUGUGAUAUCAUUGGUUUGUGGUGCUUACUUAGUUGGCAAUGCGUUCACCACGAAGGAGUAUAAACAAAGAUUAGCACGAUGGGGACUAAUUUAUAAAAUGCCACUCGUAAAAUCGCAUGCAUGCAAGAGACAAUGCUGGCCUUCUGGAAGCGACGCGUUGCCUGAAGGAGUUGUUGCUAAAACAUCUAACUUAGAAAUGCGGCCGCUAUGGGACUCUGGAAAGAAUAAUAUAAGUUCAAAGCACCCAUUGAGCUUAUUGGCUAUUGCAGUAGGAGUUAAGCAGAAAGAAAUUGUUAAUAAAAUUGUUGAAAAGUUCCCUUCAAGUGAUUUUGUUGUGAUGCUUUUUCACUAUGAUGGAUUUGUGGAUGGAUGGAAGAAUUUAGCUUGGAGUAAUCGCGCCAUACAUGUGUCUGCUAUCAAUCAAACAAAAUGGUGGUUUGCGAAACGGUUUUUGCAUCCAGACAUAGUUGCUGAAUACAAUUAUAUAUUUCUUUGGGAUGAGGACCUUCUUGUUGAAAAUUUUGACCCAAAAAGAUAUUUAUCUAUUGUUAAGGAAGAGGGGCUAGAGAUAUCGCAACCUGCUUUGGAUCCUAAUAAAUCAGAAGUUCAUCAUCCGCUGACAGUUCAUAGAGCCGGAUCAAAAGUUCACAGAAGGUACUAUAAGUUAAAAGGUAGUGGAAGGUGUGAUGACCAUAGCAUUGCUCCUCCUUGCAUAGGUUGGGUGGAAAUGAUGGCACCAGUGUUCUCUAGAAAAUCUUGGCAAUGUGUAUGGCACUUGAUCCAGAAUGACUUAAUCCAUGCCUGGGGCCUGGACAGGCAGCUUGGCUAUUGCGCCCAGGGUGAUCGAAUGAGAAACGUUGGUGUGGUCGAUUCCGAGUACAUAGUUCAUUUGGGUUUGCCUACUCUUGGUGGCCCAAAUGGCAAUGAGGCAAGUGGUUUCAAUUUCAUAAGUAGGGUGCCAUCAGACUCCCAUAGAGAGAGUGAUAGAGCUAAAGUUAGGAUGCAAUCAUAUAUUGAAAUGCAAGUUUUUGAGAAAAGAUGGAAAGAUGCAGCAGAGAAGGAUAAAUGUUGGCUUGAUCCAUAUAAACCACAGGCAAACCAGACUAGCCAUUAAUAUACUGAGGCUUUGGUUGAUCAAAAUCCAAAUACAGUGUGCAUUUUCGGUUAUCGUUCAGAGUCAACGAGAUAAGUUACUUUGCAUCCGAUUUUGGUUUUCAAGUCUUGGAUGGAGCAUUUGAUUUGCUGUCAAGUGUGGAAUCUGAGAGAAGAGAGUUCAUAGAGACAUUGCCUGUUUGCCAUUAUUGAAGGGUAAUUUUUCCAUCAUUCUGUUGUAUUAUGGUGUACAUAGGGAGGUAUAGGGGUGUUCAUUACUUUUAUUUGAUAACAGUCACAGAAGUGUGAAGUUGUAGAUUUUUUCCUGUGAAUGCUAAUUAAUGUAAAUAGGUUUCAUGGUUUGGACUAAAGGAAUUAUCAAAGUAAAAUUCUGUUGUUUUGGGCAUAAAA